CUUAUUUACCCUUACCAUUUUCUCUCUCCUACACGCUUUCCCUCUUUACGACUGUAAUGGCAAUUUUGACUUUUCAGAACCCAGAAACUUCUUCCCUUUAAAGAAAACAUUUCAAAAGCCACAGACGUCAAGACGAAACACCUCCUCCAAAGGUUAAGGAGGAAGCAACCAAAAACGCAUCGUUUUCAACCUCUUCUUCUUCUUCUACACCGCUCUUUCCUCUUUCUCUAGGGUUCUCAUUUCAAAUCGAAUCCCUCCAUUUCUCUAUCCUUCUCUAAUUCUCUCUCCUCCCAAACGAGAGACUGGAAUUGGACGAUGCCAACGUUUGCAGCUAUUCAAUUUGAUCGGUUUCUGGAGCCAGGAGCUUCCAAAACGACGGCGUCUACCAAUAACCAGAACAUUCCAGAUGUUACGCCAGCUUCCUGGCUGGAGAGGCGAAAUUCGACGACGUUACCGAUCGACGAUCUGAAAUCUUCUUCUAGAAGACAGGAAAUACCUCCGCCGCACCCUCAGCUUCGUCGACGGAACUCCACGUCGUCUCCGGCGGCGGUGGCGAAGCCUCCGCAGAUACAACCGUCGCUCUAUGCCACGCCGGAACCUACACCUCUUCCUGACUCAGCUACCUCCUCAUUUCCUCCUUUCUCUCCUUUUCUCAUCAACCAUAAACGACGGGGACCGCGCCUCAUCAAGAGCCUCUCCGACCAACACGUGGCGGCAGCGGCGGCUUCUUCUUCUGCUUCGGAGGGGACACACACCAGGAGCCUAUCGGAUGAAAACGUGACAGUUGAGCCAAAAGUCGAGAGGUUUGAUGAGGAAUUGGCGUUUAAUGGAUCAAACGACGACGUUUUGGUGGCCGAGGUUGAAGCCGAGCCUAUGAAAGACGAAUUUAACGGCGAUACGUCGGGGAGAGAGAAUAGUGAGAGUGAAAACUUCUAUGACCCGCAGGAUUCCAUGAGUUUUUCAGCUUCUGCUUAUAGCGAGGAUUACGGCGGUGACAGGUCGGCUAAGGGAAACACUCCCAUGGGAGGAGAGUUUUAUGAUGCUUGGGAAGAACUGUCCUCUGAUAGUGGGAUGCAAACACAUCGUUCUCUUAAUGAUGUUGAGACUGAGCUACGAGAGAUGAGGCUGACCUUGUUGAUGGAGAUUGAAAAGAGAAAGCUAUCCGAAGAAGCUUUACAGAGCAUGCAACAACAUUGGCAACUGCUGCGAGAGAAGUUAGGCGCUGUCGGGUUGGUACUUCCUGCAGAUCUUACUGCUCUAGUAGAUGAUAGCCAAGUAGAUGCUUCUCCUAUCGAAGAGAUUUGUCGACAAAUCCAAAUGGCACGUUUUGUGUCAGAAUCUAUUGGUAGAGGAAUCGCAAAGGCUGAAGCCGAGGCAGUGAUGGAAGCUCAGCUGGAACUGAAGAACUUUGAGAUUGCUCGCCUCUCCGACAGAUUGCAUUAUUACGAAACUAUGAAUCGUGAAAUGUCACAGAGGAAUCAAGAAGCCAUGGAGGUCGCACGGCAUGAAAGACAAAAGAGGAGGAGAAGACAGAAAUGGGUUUGGGGGUCAAUUAUAAUCCCAGCCAUCACACUCAGCGGUGCAGCUUUGGCGUGGUCUUUUCUCCCAAGCGAAACUGGAAACGGAUCAUCUUCGUCGAGUGAAGCCUUUCAACCUGACAGUGACAACAGGCAGUGAUUAGCUGCCUUGCCAAUACUAGAAGUGAGUACACUAAUAGGAAAGAAAAUAAUUUGACAAAGUCUAAUGCAAUUGUGCAAUGUUGUGCAUAACAGCCUCCUUUCUUUUUUCACGUUCCGGAUGCAUAUUUUUGUGCUAUGCAGAAUGUAUAGUUCCGUGAGAAUAAUGUAUUUUUAAUAGAAGAUAGUAAGGGUAUACUCGUAAUUGUAUUAUGUACGAUAUUGUUAUGUAUGUACGAGUCUCAGGUACCCUAAUACGGGUGCGUGGGACUCGUAUAUAAUAAUAUCGUAUAUAGUUUAAUUACGAGUAUACCCUUAUUAUCUGCUAUUAAUUUUUGAUGACCGGCCCUCGUUAACGCUGGAAUGCGUCGUUGGAAAAUGAAUUUUAAGGUUGAGUCUCUUGUGCUAGGAUGUGAGGUAUUCUCUCAUGUUUUUGGUGCUAGGGACUUGAAGAACUCGAGAAUGUAAUAUAUUUGUUGAUGGGCAUUUUUGAGGAAGAAGAAGGGGAGUAAAUUUUGGUAA